AUCAAGCUUACACUGAGUGAUUCACAGAUGAUUCACAUCACUGGAGCUACUACAGCAGCCAAUAUGUGGAAGCAGCUGAAGUUAGUGAAGGAAGCUAGAGGAAAGUUGGGGAUACCCUUAUUUCAUUGUCAUCUCUAUCAUACUACUGCAGAUGAAUCUACUGAUAUUAUAGAGCAUGUAACUGAAAUGCAACACAUCCAGGAGGAGUUAGAAAUGCUAGGGAGUCAUGUUUUGGAUAUGGACCUCUCAGUCUCUUGA